AUGUCACAGUUGAGGUGCUCAAUUGCCAUAUCAGGCAAAUCAACGGCAACCCCAAGCUUGCCCAACAACUCAAGAACCCUAAAAACUCCUAACCCUAUCAUCCGCCAUGAAGCCCUCAAGAUUGUUGCAGAUGGGUGUGAAAGUAUCAAUCUCAGUUCAUUGCGUAGAAGGGAUUUGAGAACAUGGGUAUCUGCACACCCAGAUAUCCAAUCUGGUGGGGGAGAUGCAGGCAUUAACAACAAUAACAAUGGUGGUGGUGGUGGUGGUGGUGAAGGGGGAUCAUGGGGGAAAUCAGAUGACAAUGGGAGUAACAAAAUCAAAGGUGGGCUUUUGGGUGCUUUUUUUCAGGGGUGGAAAGCCAGAGUGGAAGCAGAUCCAUUAUUUCCAUUCAAGGUCCUGAUGGAGGAGAUAAUUGGGGUAAGUGUAGGUGUUGUUGGGGACAUGGCAUCCAGGACCAACUUUGGUCUCAAUGAACUGGAUUUCAUUUUUUCCACUCUUGUUGUUGUAAGCAUCGUCAAUUUUACCCUCAUGUACAUGUUGGCACCAACAGCAUCAAGAGUUCAGACUCUCCCUGGUAUAUUUGCAGGCUGUCCCACAAGCCACAUGUUUGAGGCAGGGAGCUUCAAUGUCUUAGAGAGGAUGGGUACUUUUGUGUACAAGGGAACCUUGUUUGCAGCUGUUGGGUUUGUUGCAGGGCUUGUGGGGACUAUAAUAUCUAAUGGUUUGAUCAGUGUUAGGAAGAAAAUGGAUCCCAACUUUGAGACUCCAAACAAGGCACCACUAACUUUGUUGAAUGCUUCUACGUGGGCUGCUCACAUGGGUUUGAGCAGCAAUUUCAGGUACCAAACUCUAAAUGGCUUUGAAUUUUUGCUUGCUAAAGGACUUCCUCCUAUGGUCUUUAAGUGCUCGAUGAUUGUGCUUCGGUGUUUGAACAAUGUGCUUGGGGGAGUUUCUUUUGUACUGUUGGCUAGAAUAACUGGAGCUCAAAGAGUAGAUGAACCCCUAUCGCUGGGUGAAGAUGAGAAAUAUAAGUUGUUAGAUCAGGUUAAGGAUGUGUAG